CUAUGAUGGUCUAUAUCUGCGGGGACAAUUUGAAGUUGAAGUUGAAAAAGUCAGACCACAGACGUUAAUCUUGGUUCAAAAGUUGCCGCCCUGACUUCGGCUCAUGUCGGCUUGCCGAGUCCGAGAUCGGGUUCCAAUUCCAAUGCGAAUGUGAAUGCCAUUUGCCUCACAGCGCGCCGCGCACACAGCUGAUUUAUGACUUCUGCUAGUCUGUCUGCAACCACCAAAGCAUAGCAAAACGCCCUCGUAGUCCCACAUGUCUGCUCAUAUUGCUAGGAAGCAAUGGACUACGAAGAGGAAAUACUCUCAAAUUUCUUCACAAAUGUUGCGCAGCUAUGUUUUGACAAGGCCAAAGAAGUUGUGGAAAAGGAGCGUGAGGUAAAGCAGGGUACGCCUGGGCCCUGGGUCAUGCUUUUGACCCAUUUAGCACCAUUAGCAAUGGCAGAGAGAUCAUACCUGGACCUUGGAUCAAUGAUCACGAAGAACAAAGGUUUCUUACGGAAAGAUAACUCAUUGCGCUCUAUGUAUGACACAAUGAGAUCAGAUUUUCGUCGCGUAGAAGAUAUAGCACGCAACGACCGUGCAAUCUCCACUGUAUCAAGCCAACUGUGUCAAUUCUUAUCAGCUCGAAUAGAGUUGAUCGAUUUUUAUGAGAAGAUGCACCAAGCUGGCACCAGCAAACAAGUACGAUUUGAGGAAAUGCUGUCUGUAAUUGAAGAUAUUGCUGAACGCUUUUCACUCAUGUUUGCGCAUAUUUCUCUCACUUCUGUCAAGGCUGCAUUUAAUUUGGAAUGUGAAAUUUUGCUGAACCUUUUAAAAGCACAAGUAGAAAUGCAGUCUUGGCACUUUUUACCAUCUUUGAUGGCUCUACAUGGUGCUAAUACACGACUUUCUGCCUGGGAACGCACUCUUCAAAGCAAAGAGGUGUGGAAACUUGGAUUUAGCACAUCAUUUUUAAAAACCAAUCAACAACCAAUGCUUUUUCAAUGGCUUGUGAAGUUCAAGAAUAUAUCUGUUAGCAAGUUCUCUCUGUACUUCCAUAGUAUUCUUGCCCAACAAGCUACCCCAGCAGAUAUGAAAGCUCUAGGAAAUAAACAGGCCUUUGAUCCUUUUCACAAAAUUCAAAGCUUUCAGAAGAAAUAUGAUGCUGCGUGCACUUGUGUUAUGUUAGUUUUGGAUGCACGAGGACUAGAAGAUUAUAGUGGGCCUGGGUAUCACCAUCCUAAGAAGCCAGUUGAAGCGCCUAAAGAUAUGGAAUGCUUUCCAAUCAUGGUUAGCUAUCCUGUUAAACCACCUGUACACAUGCCAAAUGUUACAAAAGCAAUCAUGGAACAGAGUUUAGCAUUGGCCACAAAUGAAAAACGUUGCCAUAGUACCUUAAAUUUAAAGGAUCAGUGUACCUAUUUUAUGAGCAGUAUUGAUCCUCGUGUUUUUAUGAUUGUCAUUUUUGAUUCCAAGAGAGCAGAGCGUGAGGCUCAAAAUAUUGCCAAUUUUAUUCAAGAAAUGAGUUUGCAACUAAAAUGUAACAAAGCUUUUGCUGACUUGAAACCCAGUAGCAAAUGAAUGCAAUCUAUUUUUAUUACCUUAACAAUGAUUCGAAUUGGGCCUGAAGAGAUAGUUCGUGUCCCUUUUUGCUAUCUGUGAUGAAUUUUUAUUGAUUACUAAUUUUUUUUAUAUUGUAACUAUAAGCAGGGAAAAAAUCAAACCUACCUACUGUGCAAUUUGCAGUCUCCCAAAACUGUAUGCUGAAAAUCAAAAUAUGUAUUUCUGUACCACUUUACUCUCUUUUGGAGUUGUUUCGUUUUUCAGAACAGCUCUAAAGAUUGCUCACUCUUGACGUGAUAACUAAAAUUUAUCAUAGUAUGUUAGUUUCUGCCAUCAGCUAUUUUUGUAAACAAUAAGUGUGGCCAAACAAAUGUGACCAUUUUACCAAUUUUUGCAUAAUAUUCCAUAAUCUCUUUUUUUUAUCAUUCAAAAAGUGAAAUUUUUAUGUCUGCUUCCAUCACUGAUUUCAGUCAUUUAUAUAAAGACUUUGAAGGAGAAAUAAGGCUGUGAUAAUUUUAUAGUAAUUUGAAUACAGUUUGUUUGUUUUCCUUUUUGUUCAAGUUUACUAUACUGAGCUACCUAUUAUUGUGAAAUGAUGUUGUUUUUUUUUAUCCACUUACUUGUGUUCCUAUGGUCCAUAUAAUUUUACCUUCCUCUGUAAACAUUUAAAUUUUGUAUAGCUGUGAAGAAAUCUAUCUUGUUAUGAAGGCUGGACCUACUUGACACUGUUUUGUUGAUGUUGCUGAACUCAAGUAAGACAUCAAUUAUUGAUUAUUGUAAAACUUGAAGUUGAAAUUAACAACUCAACAAAGCAUAUAUACCCCUUGUUGCAUCUCAGGAGAAAGAAUUUAUCUUUUCUUAUGCCUGCAAAUAAAUUUAUUUGACAUUUGAA